AUGGAAAUAUUUCAGGGUUUUUUUGAGAAUCUUUCGGAUAUCGAAACUGAGCAUACGCGAUGCCUAGCAUUUUUGCUGGUCUAUUCGCACGCGCUGUUGUUCGUGGAUCCGGGUUGUCGUUUCGAUCAGAGCUAUUGCCGCGCUCUGAAACAUGCCAACGAGUUGCGUAUUCGUCUACGUGAGCAAAUUUCGUCAAAAUUAGAAGCAGUAGAGGAUUUCCCGCAUGCAUGGGCUGUUGAGGGACGUUUGGCGCAACCACGUUUUCUGUUUGCAUUCCAUCGUCAUCUUUUGCGUGUGGAUUUAUCGUCCCUGCGAAGGGUUUGUUAA